AUGCCAGUAUACAGUACUUUCAGACUAGCUAAUCUACCUCAAGCAACCCUGCCUCUCUACAUCGCAGCUAUGGCAAGCUGUCGCAGACGUCCUUCCGAUGACAUGAAAAAUUUUGUUGAUGCGAUGAGGAUCGCCAAAACGAUACUGCCAGCCUCAUCGACCAAGAUGGAUGGCAAGGAGUACCUCAAAUCCUACGGCUGGCAGGAAGGCCAAGCUCUACGCAAAGGUGGUCUUAAAAAGCCGAUCCUCGUCAAGCACAAACGAGACAAAAAGGGCCUUGGAGGAGCGGCGGGGCACGAUGAUGGCGAAGCAUGGUGGGAACAGCUGUUCGACAGCCAACUGAAGGGGCUCGAUGUGUCCAACGGACAAGGUGAUCUUGUCUUCAAGCAAACGGAUACAGCAGCAGUUUCUGUGGCGCACAGCGUUUCUCCCCUCUAUACGUGGUUUGUGAAAGGUGAAGGGCUGCAGGGAACUAUCAAGACUAAACCUAUAGAGGCGCCGGUGGCUGUAAGCAGCAAGCGCGCCGCAGACGACGCCUCGGACGAUGUAGCGCGGCCAAAGAAGCACAAGAAGGAUAAGAAGGAUAAGAAGGAUAAGAAGGACAAGAAGGAUAGGAAGCACAGGAAGCAAAAGAAGCACAAGGACCGAUCUUCAAGUGGCUCUAAAAAACCAAAGAAGGACAAGAAGAGCAAGCGCAAAAGCGAGAAAGCCAGCUCUAAGCAUCGCAAGGCUUCCGAUGCGUCUCGGAAGAGUGUAUGA